AUGUACUCAACAGAAGACACGACGCAAGAGUUAAAAGAAAUUAUAUCCUGUCAAGAGGAUAAAAUAUGUAAGUUAAAUAAAAAACUAGAAGAGUUUGAUUCAGUGGUUUCUGAAAGAAAUAAAUUACGAGAAAUUUUCAAAGAAUUUGAAAAGAGUCAUGAAGACAGUAUGAACGCCCAUAAGAAAGCGUUUUGCGAACUAUCAGCUACGUGUGACGAGCAAUCGAAAAAGCUUAAGGAAUGUGCAAAUUCAGAAUAUCAAUGGGAACUCAAGUACGGGAAACUAGAAGACGCCAACAACUGUAUGUGUCGUGAGAUCAAAAUUCUGAAAUGUAAUGAAAGUAAAUUACAAUCCCAGUUAGCAGAGACCGAAGUAACUUUGAAAUGUGUUCAGAAGGAAUUAUGUCAAACUAAAGUAAAUAUUUCCUUUUCUUGA